AUGAUGAACAAAUACAGAGAAGUGUACACCAAAACAAAGAAAAUAGCGGGCAGGUUCAAUGACUGUGUCUACUUCCGAAAGAACCGAUUGUUCUUCUUCGAAUUUGAUUCUGGUUGGAGGAAUUAUGGAGCGGGAUUUGAACUGUGUCUACUUCCGAAAGAAUCGCUUUCAUCAGGCUACUUGCCACCCGAGCUUGGACUCUUGACAGAUUUGGCUUUGUUCCAUAUCAACUCUAAUAGAUUUUGUGGGAUAAUUCCUCGUAGCUUUUCUAAGCUGACUCUCAUGUUUGAGUUUGAUGUCAGUAACAACCGCUUCGUUGGCCAUUUUCCAGAGGUUGUCUUUCAUUGGCGUAUCGCUAAGUUCCUCGAUCUUAGGUUCAACGACUUUGAAGGAGAAGUCCCACCGGCACUCUUCACUAUGACCUUCGACGCCAUAUUCUUAAACAACAAUAGAUUCAGUUCCUUAAUCCCGGAUACCAUUGGAAACUCCACUGUCUCUCUUGUGUCCUUUGCGUACAACUACUUCUAUGGCUGCAUUCCCAGUUCUAUCGGCCAAAUGAGCAGCCUCAAUCAGGUUCUCUUUAUUGGCAACAAACUCCAUGGCUGUCUCCCAGUCGAGAUUGGAACACUUGUCAAUCUAACGGUGCUUGAUAUCAGCAAUAAUAGCUUUCCUGGCUGGUUGCCCACAUUGUCGGGGCUUAAGAAUUUGCAGAGUUUGGAUGUUAGUUACAAUGAACUUAGAGGCUCUGUUUCUGGGGAGAUAUGCAAAUUGCCUCAUUUGCUUAACUUUAAUUUCUCCUUUAAUUAUUUUGAUGGGCAAGAUGCAGAGUGUGUGACACCUAAAGAUUCAAAAAAGAUUUUUGAUGAUGCUCAUAAUUGCUUGCUUAAUCGCCCGGGGCAGAGAGAUGCUGAGACUUGUAGCUCUUUUAUGAUGAAAUCGGUGGAAUGUAGAAAUUGUGGUGAAGAUCCUACUACAAGGUCUCCAGUGGUGGUUCGUACGCCGAUACCAACUCCAGAAUCUCAUCAUGCAGUUCCAUCCUCACCUCAUCAUCAUCAUGUAGUUCCACCAACUCCAGAAUCGAGCGACACCCCGGUUCCGCAAGUUGAAACUCAUCAACCUGCAGUUCCACCGUCGGUUCCGCAAGUUGAAACUCAUCACACUGCAGUUCCACCGUCGGUUCCGCAAGUUGAAACUCAUCACACUGCAGUUCCACCGUCGGUUCCGCAAGUUGAAACUCAUCACACUGCAGUUCCACCGUCGGUUCCGCAAGUUGACACUCAUCACACUGCAGUUCCACCGUCGGUUCCGCAAGUUGACACUCAUCACACUGCAGUUCCACCGUCGGUUCCGCAAGUUGACACUCAUCACACUGCAGUUCCACCGUCGGUUCCGCAAGUUGAAACACAUCACACUGCAGUUCCACCGUCGGUUCCGCAAGUUGACACUCAUCACACUGCAGUUCCACCGUCGGUUCCGCAAGUUGACACACAUCACACUGCAGUUCCACCGUCGGUUCCGCAAGUUGAAACACAUCACACUGCAGUUCCACCGUCGGUUCCGCAAGUUGAAACACAUCACACUGCCGUUCCACCGUCGGUUUCCACUGCCGUUCCACCGUCGGUUUCCACUGCCGUUCCACCGUCGGUUUCCACUGCAGUUCCACCGUCGGUUUCCACUGCCGUUCCACCGUCGGUUUCCACUACCGUUCCACCGUCGGUUUCCACUGCCGUUUCACCGUCGGUUUCCACUACCGUUCCACCGUCGGUUCCGCAAGUCGAAACUCAUCACCAUGCAGUUCCACCGUCGGUUCCGCAAGUCGAAACUCAUCACCAUGCAGUUCCACCGGCGGUUCCGCAAGUCGAAACUCAUCACCAUGCAGUUCCACCGGCGGUUCCGCAAGUCGAAACUCAUCACCAUGCAGUUCCACCGGCGGUUCCGCAAGUCGAAACUCAUCACCAUGCAGUUCCACCGGCGGUUCCGCAAGUCGAAACUCAUCACCAUGCAGUUCCACCGGCGGUUCCGCAAGUCGAAACUCCAUCAUCCUCAACUACAUCCUCACCUCUUCCUCCACCAACUCCAAAAUCGGGCGAACCCCCUAUACCACAAGUUGAAACUCCAUCAUCCUCGGAUACAUCCUCACCUCCUCCACCAACUCCAGAAUCUGGCGAACCCCCUGUUCAAGUUGAAACUCCACCAUCCUCAGAUACAUCCUCACCUCCUCCAUCAACUCCAGAAUCUGGCGAACCCCCUGUUCAAGUUGAAACUCCACCAUCCUCAGACACAUCCUCACCUCCUCUUCCACCAACUCCAGAAUCGGGCGAACCCCCUGUUCCACAAGUUGAAACUCCACCAUCCUCAGACACAUCAUCCCCUCCUAUUCCACCAACUCCAGAAUCGGGUAAACCCCCUGUUCCACAAGUUGAAAUUCCACAAUCCCCAGUUCCAUCCUCAUCUCCUCUUCCACCCCCUCCGACCACAUAUCCACCGCCACCCGUCUACUCCCCACCCCCUCCGACUGCGUCUCAACCGCCACCCGUCUACUCCCCACCCCCUCCGACCGCGUCUCCACCGCCACCCGUCUACUCCCCCCCACCUCCGACCGCGUCUCCACCGCCACCCACAGCGUCUCCACCGCCACCCGUCUACUCUCCCCCACCCCCGACCGCGUCUCCACCGCCACCCGUCUACUCUCCCCCACCCCCGACAGCGUCUCCACCGCCACCCGUCUACUCUCCCCCACCCCCGACAGCGUCUCCACCGCCACCCGUCUACUCUCCCCCACCCCCGACAGCGUCUCCACCGCCACCCGUCUACUCUCCCCCACCCCCGACAGCGUCUCCACCGCCACCCGUCUACUCUCCCCCACCCCCGACAGCGUCUCCACCGCCACCCGUCUACUCUCCCCCACCCCCGACAGCGUCUCCACCGCCACCCGUCUACUCUCCCCCACCCCCGACAGCGUCUCCACCGCCACCCGUCUACUCUCCCCCACCCCCGACAGCGUCUCCACCGCCACCCGUCUACUCUCCCCCACCCCCGACAGCGUCUCCACCGCCACCCGUCUACUCUCCCCCACCCCCGACAGCGUCUCCACCGCCACCCGUCUACUCUCCCCCACCCCCGACAGCGUCUCCACCGCCACCCGUCUACUCUCCCCCACCCCCGACAGCGUCUCCACCGCCACCCGUCUACUCUCCCCCACCCCCGACAGCGUCUCCACCGCCACCCGUCUACUCUCCCCCACCCCCGACAGCGUCUCCACCGCCACCCGUCUACUCUCCCCCACCCCCGACAGCGUCUCCACCGCCACCCGUCUACUCUCCCCCACCCCCGACAGCGUCUCCACCGCCACCCGUCUACUCUCCCCCACCCCCGACAGCGUCUCCACCGCCACCCGUCUACUCUCCCCCACCCCCGACAGCGUCUCCACCGCCACCCGUCUACUCUCCCCCACCCCCGACAGCGUCUCCACCGCCACCCGUCUACUCUCCCCCACCCCCGACAGCGUCUCCACCGCCACCCGUCUACUCUCCCCCACCCCCGACAGCGUCUCCACCGCCACCCGUCUACUCUCCCCCACCCCCGACAGCGUCUCCACCGCCACCCGUCUACUCUCCCCCACCCCCGACAGCGUCUCCACCGCCACCCGUCUACUCUCCCCCACCCCCGACAGCGUCUCCACCGCCACCCGUCUACUCUCCCCCACCCCCGACAGCGUCUCCACCGCCACCCGUCUACUCUCCCCCACCCCCGACAGCGUCUCCACCGCCACCCGUCUACUCUCCCCCACCCCCGACAGCGUCUCCACCGCCACCCGUCUACUCUCCCCCACCCCCGACAGCGUCUCCACCGCCACCCGUCUACUCUCCCCCACCCCCGACAGCGUCUCCACCGCCACCCGUCUACUCUCCCCCACCCCCGACAGCGUCUCCACCGCCACCCGUCUACUCUCCCCCACCCCCGACAGCGUCUCCACCGCCACCCGUCUACUCUCCCCCACCCCCGACAGCGUCUCCACCGCCACCCGUCUACUCUCCCCCACCCCCGACAGCGUCUCCACCGCCACCCGUCUACUCUCCCCCACCCCCGACAGCGUCUCCACCGCCACCCGUCCACUCUCCCCCUCCUCCUACUGCAUCUCCACCUCCUCCCGAGCACUCUCCACCUCCUCCGACCGCAUCUCCUCCUCCUCCUCAUGGUGCUUCUCCACCACCGGCGAUCGAAGACCUCAUCCUACCACCAAACAUUGGUUUCCAAUAUUCAUCUCCACCACCACCACAGUUUCUCGGAUAUUGAGUAGUCUUGUCUUUAUUCGUAUUAUUUCUUGAUAUUUUUUCGAUAAUGUAGCUUCUUUUUACUUAUAAAGGUUUUGCCCAAUUUUGCUUACUACCAUGAAAUAAUUGUUGUAAUUGCAUGAUAAUACUACGAGAUUUGAUGUGGCAACU